AUGCCGCCGACUCUCAUCCUCAUCCGCCACGCACAGGCGCUACACAACAUUGAAGGUCGAUAUGACAUUCACGACCCAGAUCUAUCCGAGCUCGGUUUUGAGCAGCUCAAGCUGCUCCGGGAAAGCCUGAUGGCCCAUCCGCUUGCUCAGAAUGCCGGUCUUAUUGUGACCAGUCCCAUGCGCAGAACCAUUCAAACAACCCUUGGGUCUGUGGACUGGCUGAUUUCCAAUGGUGUCAAAGUGGAGGCAGAUGCUGAUUGGCAAGAAAACUCUGUUAAGCCCUGUGACACUGGGUCACCUGUUACAGCUCUAGGCGAGGAAUUCCCAGUUGUCGAUUUCUCGUCUCUAGAUCCUGUAUACCCCGAUAAGUCAACACCAGCUGGAUCAAAAUAUGCGUACAACAAGACGGCCCUACUCGCACGUGGACAGCGUGCUCUACGGAAACUCUACAACCGACCGGAAAAAGUCAUCAUCGUCAUUUCCCACUCGGGCUUCCUGCGGGAGUGCAUUUCGGGUUUCUGGUACUUCAACUCUGAUUACCGUAUUUUUGAGUUUGAAGAGCGAGCAAGCGAUGAUGAACCCUACACACUCAAACAAUCUGAUGAAACACUUGAGAAGGGUGGUGGUCUAGGCCUCAGUCAUAAACGCGCCGUAGGUCUUGGUAACAAUUUGCCAGAUGAAAGUCUGAAGAACGCACAAUAG